AAUAUAAGAAUAUAAUUUAAAUUUUGGUACAUCUCUAUCGGUUUUUUUCUAUUUUCAGAGCCAAACGUUUGCAUGACAGAAGAAUGCAUCCGAACAGCGGCGAGUUUAUUAGCAGCGAUGGAUCAUACCGCAGCGCCGUGCAUUGACUUCUUUCAAUAUGCCUGCGGAACGUGGAAUCGAUUACAUGUGAUACCAGAGGAUCGGAGCGCCAUCAGCACCUUCGAAAUACUAGCUGAUCAGCUGCAGGUGAUCCUGAAACGCGUCCUCGAAGAAUCACUAAAUGCGGAUGACAAUAAUGCCACUCUCAAAGCGAAGAAAUUCUACAGAUCGUGUAUGGACAUCCGUGGGUAUAAAUGAUACAUAACUUUGCCUUACCUAAAAAAAAGCAUGUUAAAUCGAUAUUCGCAUCCCUCGAAAUUCUCUCAAAAUUUAUUAAGAGUUGCUUCUUUUUCGCAAUG